GUGUGAACCUGCUAAUUUCAUUUUCAGCCUGAGCUGUUGAACUUGUGUUAUUCUAGAGUAUUCAGAAGAGAUAAAAAUACAGGGCUCACUGAUCACUUUCUUCAGUCAGUUACAUGUAUUAUAAAGGGUAGGAAAAGGUUUAUUUAUUUAUUAUUUACUGGUAAAAUAAAGAAAAAAAGAAGUAUUUUCUGUGAUCAGUACAAGUAACAGCUCCCCAUACAUGAUGAGUUGGGAAUAAUUCUAAUGUGAAACAAUGGCUUUCCUCCAUGAAGAGCAAGGAGCAGUAACACUGCUUAUCUCUAAGAAGUGAUAGCGCAAACACUCUUUGUCAAGAGGUCUGAACAAUUAAAGACUCCUUUAAAUAAUUACUUUUCAGUAAAGUCAAGUGCUACAAAAUGCAAACUUAAUUAUUUCCUAGGCAAUAGCUGAAACAGGGACAUCCUCGGGGCUGUGGAAAUGCUGCACACAAACACCCCAGUGAGUCCCAGUCCAGAGCCAGAGGCCUGGAAACCAGAACGUGCUGUAAUCCAUCAUGCUGCUGCUCAGAGGACAUUCACAGCAGCUCGGAAUGGCCACCGCUUGUCUGACAAUCCCGCAGUUGUACCAGGGCUGCCCGCUGUGUGCCAGCUGCUGGGAGGAGGGCACAGUCAGCUAUUGAGGCAUCCGGGCCUUGAAGGGAAAAAACAGACAAUCAGGCCCUUCUUAUGAGAUGCUGUCCUACCAAUCAUUCCCUUACGCAGUUACAACAGAAGGAGAAUUCACCUUUUACAGAAUAAUAUAUGAAUAAUUGCGCCUGUUGGGCAAGCUUUUACAAUUGCUUUAGCAUCCAGCACAAGCUUAUUGACUGUAUUAAGGAUAACAAUGCUGCACAGAAACAAUCUUCCUAGGCAGGCUGCCUAUGGGGUCCCUUCUCUGUCAGGAAGCUGCCUGCUGACCGAAGAGUUUGAGAACUAAAGAAAUUACAGACCAAAGCUGUGUUGAUUUCACAACGCUCCUUGCAGCCCAGUGAGUGAUUGCGGUGGCUGCCACCCGCUGACACCCAUGCCUCAGGUGGAAUGCUCCUCUGAGUACAUUUUACAGUGAAUGCCAGAGCGGUGCCUUGCUUUUCAGUUGAGAACAUGCCUGCUUAAGCAGCCCCAUAGAAUCCCGAGUUAAAAUGCAAGCCAGAGAGACUGCAUGUCUUCAGGGGUUGAUAACGAACUAGAAUCAAAGCAUUUCUCUUUCAGAUUAGCAGCAAGAAUCUAAUCCAGGUCAGUGAUAAUCCUCCGGCAUCUAUCGAGCCAUAUCCCACAGACACCACUCCAUCAGAGGUCUCCCCAGCUCCAGCAGUGCUGAGAACAUCCUCAGACUCCACGCAAGGAUGGAAGUUCCCUUUUGGCUGGAGGAGCUGCUUAGCUCUACAUGCAGAACAGGAGAGCACAUGGUGUUCUGGCAUCAUCACCAUUCAUUUGCAACUUUACAAAAUGGUGGAGUCGAGGCUGAUAACCCUGGGCUGAACUCCUGACAACUUCCCUUCUCCCAGUGCCUGCACAACAUUUGACUGUACUCACCAUCUGUGUGCUCAUCCUCACACUCUCCUGCUUUCAGUUUUCAGUUCCCUUGCACACUACCAAGUCCUCUAAACCCUUCCCAUUUAUUUUUGCUGCAGAGUAAAUGUCCAUUCUCUCCUGCAGAAGCUUCCUGUGGGUUCUGUGUAGCAGCUUCCCAUGCAGGGAUGCAGACUUGGGCCAGGAAGCAGUGUUUACAGCAACAGCUCUGCUUUUUACCAUGAGUAUUAAGUCGAUGCGCUGUGGGCUUCUGCAUCUAGCACCAUCACUGCGAUGGAAGCACCUCUGCACCUGCAUUGCUUUCCCAUGUUUUGGGCAGUUUGGUGGUGUUCUGGUUUUUCUUCCUUUUGAGGAUGAUUAUAGGAGGAACACGUGAAUUUCUCUUUCCUGAAGUUCAGACUCCACACACAAUCCACAACCAGCCUUCUCCAUCCCUUGCAUUACUAUUCUGUCACUUCCCAGUCUACCGAGUGCCUAAGAGUGGAGACAAUGAGUGCAGCCUCAAAGCCAAUUAGGUGGGAUUACCCUGUCUGUUAGACAGCUGGAGCUCAGCAUGUGCCCGCCCUCCCUGUUAGCCAAGAAUUCCCAUUGCACGGACCCCACCAACCUUGUCAGCACAUAACUGUUGUCUACAACAGGCACUCAGGUAAGCCUGGCGGUGCCAAAAGGAGCUGAAGCUCAGAUAUGAAGAGGUGAUGGAUUGAGUGGGUAAAGUAUGUAAAAUCAGGCUUGAAGAUAUAGCAUAGCUCCAUCUUCUUCAGGGUUAUUAAAGUAAAUUAAUGACCUGGAGCCGUGUAGGGGUUUCCAGAAACAACACUGCUAUGGCCCAUAGGAGGGGGAGAUGGUUAUUCUCAGGAAAAUUGUCUGCUAAGGCACCACACCAUACAUACUCUGUAUCUGAAAGAUCAUAGCACAGAAACAAUAACUGAAACUUGGAAUAACAGCAGAGAGUGUAAAAUAUGCAGUUGUCUUGGAGGAAAAUGAACCAAUCGCAAUUUUCGACGGGACUCAGCUAUUCCCCAAAAUCUCACGGCACUCUUCUCCACGCUGAUAGUUUCGCAAGCGCUCAGAAGUCGCCGUGCAGAUUUGCGUUUGCUUUCUGCCGCAAGCAUCGAUCACGACAGAAGCGGUGGGGCAGCCCCCGAGGAGCGGGACGGGGCGGAGCGGGGCGGGGGCGGGGGCGGUGCGGAGCCGGGCGGCGGUGCCAGCUGCCAGCCGCCGCGGAGACAGCAGCGAGGGAGCUUGGUGCCCGUGGAGGUUCCGCGGCGGGCGGGACACCAUGAUCCUCACUCAAAUUGAGGCCAAGGAAGCUUGUGACUGGCUGCGAGCUGCUGGCUUCCCGCAGUAUGCACAGCUCUAUGAAGAUCUCCUCUUUCCAAUUGACAUUGCUCUUGUCAAGCGAGAGCAUGACUUCCUGGACAGAGAUGCCAUUGAGGCCCUAUGCAGGCGCUUAAAUACUUUAAACAAAUGUGCAGUGAUGAAGCUAGAAAUCAGUCCCCACAGGAAAAGGAGUGAAGAUUCAGAUGAAGACGAACCAUGUGCAAUAAGCGGCAAAUGGACUUUUCAGAGGGACAGCAAGAGGUGGUCAAGGCUUGAAGAGUUCGAUGUGUUCCCUCCAAAGCCGGAUGUUAACACCUCCUCCCCAGAGGCUCCUCUGCUCCCAAGUGCGGCCAGCUGCGAGAGCGUGCUCACCGAUCUCAGCGAGCGGCAGGAGGUGGCCUCUCUUCUCAGCACCAGCAGCACCAGCAGCCACCAGCCAACCCUGCAGAGCGAGGCCUCUAGCACCAGGACAAACUCAGUUGUCAGCAUUUGUUCAUCCAGCAAUUUCAUAGCAAACGAUGAUUCGUUCAGCAGCCUGCCUUUGCCCAGGGAGUUGAAUAGCUUCAGCUUCAACACAAAGGCAAAUGAGAAGAACACUAAAUCUAAAACUAAGAGCCUGCUCAAGAGGAUGGAGAGUCUGAAAAUCAAGAGCUCUCACCAUGGCAAGAACAAAGCUCCUUCAAAGCUUGGCCUUAUUAUUAGUGGGCCCAUCCUGCAGGAGGGCAUGGAUGAAGAUAAACUGAAACAACUUAACUGCGUGGAGAUUUCUGCCCUCAAUGGCAAUCACAUCAGCCUUCCCAUGGUACGAAAAAGGAGCGUCUCCAAUUCUACCCAGACAAGUAGCAGCAGCAGUCAGUCGGAGACGAGCAGCGCUGUCAGCACACCCAGCCCUGUCACGCGCACACGCAGCCUCAGUGCAUACAAUAAAAGGGUGGGCAUGUACCUGGAAGGCUUUGACCCCUUCAACCAGUCAACAUUCAGUGAUGUGAUGGAGCAGAAUUUCAAGAACAGGGGAAGCUUUGCAGAAGACACUGUUUUUUUUAUUCCAGAAGAUCAUAAGCCUGGCACUUUUCCCAAAGCACUCUCCAAUGGCAAUUUCUCCCCAACAGAAAGCAAUGCUUCUGUGAACUGGAGGACAGGGAGUUUCCAUGGACAUGGCCAUCUCACUCUUCAGAGGGAAAACAGUGGAGAUAGCUCCAAAGAGCUGAGCAUGGGGAAAAGGCGCAACUCCGCUAGCUCAUUGAGCAGCCGCCUGAGCAUUUACGACAAUGUGCCAGGCUCAAUCCUGUAUUCCAGUACGAGUGACCUGGCUGAUCUGGAAAAUGAAGACAUAUUCCCAGAACUAGAUGACAUCUUGUACCAUGUAAAAGGGAUGCAAAGAAUAGUAAAUCAGUGGUCAGAGAAGUUCUCGGAUGAAGGAGACUCUGACUCAGCGCUCGACUCCAUCUCCCCAUGUCCUUCCUCCCCAAAGCAGAUCCAUCUUGAUGUAGAUAAUGAUCGAACAACACCAAGUGACCUUGACAGCACAGGGAAUUCACUGAAUGAAACAGAAGAACCCUCGGGGAUGCAGGACAGAAGGGACUCUGGAGUGGGCGCAUCACUGACACGGUCCAGCAGGCACAGGCUAAGGUGGCACAGUUUCCAGAGCUCUCAUCGGCCCAGCCUCAGUUCAGCCUCACUGCAGAUCAAUUGCCAGUCUGUGGCACAGAUGAACCUGCUGCAGAAGUACUCACUGCUGAAGUUAACUGCUCUUCUGGAGAAGUACACGCCUUCCAACAAGCACGGCUUCAGCUGGGCAGUACCAAAAUUUAUGAAAAGGAUAAAGGUGCCAGACUAUAGAGACCGAAAUGUAUUUGGAGUACCGCUGCAAGUCAACGUCCAGCGCACUGGGCAGCCCCUUCCACAGAGCAUUCAGCAAGCCAUGCGGUACCUCCGUAACCACUGCCUGGAUCAGGUUGGACUAUUUAGGAAGUCUGGAGUAAAAUCAAGAAUUCAGGCUUUGCGUCAAAUGAAUGAGAGUUCAACAGACAGUGUCAACUAUGAAGGCCAGUCUGCCUACGAUGUAGCAGACAUGUUAAAGCAAUUCUUCCGUGACCUGCCCGAGCCUCUCAUGACCAACAAGCUCUCUGAGACCUUCUUACAGAUAUACCAGUAUGUGCCAAAGGAUCAGCGUCUCCAGGCUAUCAAGGCUGCCAUUAUGCUUUUACCUGACGAGAACAGGGAGGUCCUACAGAUUCUUCUCUAUUUCCUGAGUGAUGUCACAGCUGCUGUGAAGGAGAACCAGAUGACACCAACAAACCUGGCAGUGUGCUUAGCACCUUCCCUCUUCCAUUUAAACACUCUCAAAAGAGAGAAUUCCUCCCCAAGGGUGAUGCAAAGAAAACCAAGUCUGGGAAAACCUGACCAAAAAGACCUAAAUGAAAAUUUGGCUGCGACCCAAGGGCUAGCACAUAUGAUUGCUGAAUGCAAGAAGCUUUUCCAGAUACCUGAAGAAAUGAGCCAGGGCCGGAACUCGUACACAGAGCAGGACCUCCGUCCCCUCAGCCUGGAAGAGCUCCGGGGCAGCAGCAGCACCAUGGAGCCCUCUGACUACCACUGCUACCUCCAGGACUGCAUGGACGACUUGCUGAAGGAAAUGAAGGAGAAGUUUAAGGGCUGGGUCAGCUGUUCCACCUCAGAGCAAGCAGAUCUGGCUUACAAGAAGGCAUGUGAAGGUCCCCCACUCCGAUUAUGGAAAACUACCAUUGAAAUUGCUGCUACACCAGAGGAAGUUUUAAAUCGUUUACUAAAAGAGCAGCAUCUUUGGGAUGAAGAUCUUAUAGACUCAAAAGUAAUUGAACCUUUGGAUAGUCAGACAGAUAUAUACCAGUAUGUCCAGAACAGCAUGGCUCCUCACCCAGCCAGGGACUUUGUCAUCUUAAGAACGUGGAGGACAAACUUUCCCAAAGGAGCUUGUGUGCUUUUAGCAACUUCAGUGGAUCAUGACCGUGCUCCAUUGGCGGGUGUCAGAGUCAAUGUGCUCCUGUCUAGGUAUCUGAUUGAGCCCUGCGGGUCGGGAAAAUCUAAACUUACCUACAUGUGCAGAAUUGAUUUAAGGGGUCACAUGCCAGACUGGUACACCAAGUGUUUUGGACACUUGUGUGCAUCUGAAGUAGUUAAGAUACGAGACUCUUUCACUCACCAGAGUCUUGAGAACAGGGAAAUAAAAUCCAGGUGACUACUGAAGAAGAGGAACAGCUGCGCACUCCAGACCUCAGCAACAUAGAUGUUACCCAAAACAGAGGCUCAUCUGCUGCAGACCAUCUGCAAAUCAUGUCAUGAAGGGAUGACAGCAUGAGAACUUGACUGUGAGCAUUGACUGUGGCCGUACCAUACACUUUAAAGCUGCUUCCUGUCUGUUUAAGGUCUAUAGUGUAGGCCUUGACUGGAAUACAUAGGAGGACUGUACAAAAAAAAAAAAAAAAAGAAAAAAAGAAAAGUAUUGUACUAUUAGGUGGUUUGAAUUGCUUCUGAGAAGCAAAAUUAUUUAGAUGCAAAAUAUGGUGAAGGCUCAUCAUUCCCAUGUGAAAUGCUUGGCUUUAUGUACAUACCCAUGUCAUUUUAUUUGUAGUGUGUUGAGGGACUUAUGUAUCCACUGGAAUAGUUGGUACUCUUCAAUGUGUUCUCACUGAGAUAAGCAGAGAAAGGUCUGCACAGAGAUUAAAGAGUGAAUGAGUGUAUUGAUGGUUGAAAGGCUAGUAGAAGUUGAACUUGAAAUGUGUCUGGUACACUGAUAGGCAGCCAGGAUGGAUUUUAGUAUACUGGAUAUAGUUGCCUCUCCUGUGGACCAGGAGUAGCCAUCCUUCCCAUUUGUCCAUUCUGCUGAGCUCAAAAGCUGUUAAAACCCUUAUGCAGAUGUUACAGUAGGCUUGCUCUAGCUUCUGUUCACUCCUUAUCCAAAUGAUCUUUUGAGAGUGAAGGCAAUUCUAUAGCAACUUUAAGUAAAUAAAUAUACUUUGAAACAACAUAGCAGCUUAGAAAUGAAAUGCCUACUUAACAAGCAAGAGAGCUGGUAGUAUCAAUUGUUAUAUUGCCAAAAAAUAUUUGUAGGUUUUAUCCUCAUUAAUUAUAUGUAUGUGUUUUAAUGACCCAUUAAAUAUUUUACCAUCUUCUAAUAGCUCAAGAGGAAAAAUUAAAUACUGGAGUCACAGGACUCUUACAGCAGCAGAUGGAGUGAGUUGGGUAGAAGACUUUUGUAAGAGUUUGCUCCCUUUCUCUCUCUCUCUCCUUUGCCUGUUUUCUUAAAAGCUGCACGCUAAACAAUGAACAGAACCUGAAUGUGAGCAAUUUAGGGGGGUACAGUUGGGGGCAGAGAGAAGGGUGGGAUUUUGUCUUGGGUUUUAUUUGCUUUUAAUUCCUUUGGAAUAUCCCCCACACACACCCCUAACAAUCAAAGUAUAUGAACUGUAGGAAGUGUUGAGGUCCUCCAGAAAGAUGUUACUCAGUAGGUGUUACUGUAAAGGUGAGGUGCAGUAUUAAGUGAUAAAUGUAUUUUGUGGCAAGAGUAUGAAUGAGUGAAAAGAUGGAAUUUUGACUGAGACUUUGUUACCAUUGUCAGUAUUAUUUUAAGCUUUCUGAUGAAGAUUUUUUUAAUUAAUUAUGGCAAAUAAUGUAGUAUUUCCAGUAAUAGUGUUCCUCAUGAGUAGGAAAACCUUGUAUAUUCUUCUACAACAAACACUUCUGAAUUUGUAAAAUUGUAUGUUGUACAUACCAUUCUAUUGUAAACAUGUAUACUUGCCCACAGUGUACUGUCAAACAUAGAUAAAGCAUGGUAAAGAUUAUUUAAAAUAUACCUGUAUUUAUACCUCAGAUAUUCUUUUUGGGUUUUUGUACCUCAAGUAUGUUUUCUAUUGUAAAUGUGCUUUACACAACUAUGAUCUAAGUGAGAGAAAGGAAAAUGUUUAACUUGCUAUAGAUGUCUGUACAGAAUAUAUCCAAUAAGUGCACUAUUAAAUGUUUAAAAAAGAUAACUAUAACACUUUUAUUUUUUUCCACAUCCUUUUUUCUCCUCCUGCCUAGAGCCUGUUUCUGCAAGCUGAAUCAACACCCUCACUGAUUUCUCCAGCCAUUUGAACUCCUGCUUUCUGGGGCAUGGGAUCAGCUGAAAGUUCUCCUUUCCUCCUUCCAGUUCCCCAGCUUUGAAAGUCCCAACUAAUCACCAUCACCUGUCUUUCUUGUCUACAGACACAUGCACAAUUACCACAGUCUAUGGAACAUCCAUGUAAAUUGGUCAUGGUGUUGUUUGGACUCCCUCCAUCCCAACCGUCCUUCAGUACACAACAGAUGAUUCCGUGUUGGUUUACUGCAUGCUGAAGCUAAUUCUAGUUCUAUCGGAACUUUUUUUUUUUUUUU